GACGCGACCACAUGGCUGAAUCGACGAUGCUGGACGACGUGGAUAACAAGAGCACGAGCAGCAUGCAAGAGCGCAAGCUGCAGGUGCAGUACCUACCGACAGAGGACGUGGGCCUGCCCCGGCGGUGCCCCGCGCCCGCGCUCAAGCGACCGCUGCCACUGCCCGUGUGGCUCAGCGCGCCGACAGACCUCGACGUCAUGCUGGACCCGACGACGCCGCUCAAGGACCGGCUUACGAUCGAGAUUGGCCGCUUCGUCGAACACACACAGGACGCCGUCAAGCUCGCGCAGGUCGACAUUAACGCGAGCCUCGCGCAGCUCACGGCGUGUGUCCAGACCAAGUGGCCGACCGCGACGGCGACGUGCUUUGGGUCGUUCGCGAGCGGUCUCUGGCUGCCGUCCAGCGACAUUGACGUCGUCAUCCAGGGCAUUCUUGACGACGAAGAGGCGCUUAGCGACGACUACCAGGCGCAGGUCGACCAGCUCGAGGUCAUUCUGAGCCUCCUCUUGGAGAAAGACUGGGUGGCACGCGCAGUCGUGGUCGGCACCAAGGUGCCCGUCAUCAAGCUCGACGUUGCGGGCUCUGGGCGCCAAAUCGACAUUGCUGUCGAGACGCCGCACACGCGCCAGGGCCUCCGCGCGACCGAAGUCGUCCGUGCCGGCGUCGCGUCCAUGGCCCAAAUGUACCCGCUCGUGCUUGUGCUCAAGUCGUUUCUGCGGGAGAAGGGCCUCAACAACGCGUUCCUUGGCGGCCUGAGCUCGUAUGCGCUCGUGCUGCUGUGUCUGCACUACCUGCUGACAUCGCCGCCCGAGCAGAGCGUCGGCGAGGCCGUUCUGGGCUUUCUUGAGUACUAUGGCACUGUCUUUGAUCACACGAUGACGUGCAUCACGUGGUGCAUCGACGACGAAGGCCGGCUGCUCUCGCGCGAGUACUUUGUGCCGCCGACCAUGAAGGGCGCGCUGCCCGUGCCCCGGCUCGUGCUCGACGAUCCCUCCGAUCUGAGCGAGUGCGGUCUCUUCAACGUCGGCGCAGGUGCCUACGCCCUCGCCCGCGUCGUCGCCGCCAUCGAAAAUGCGUUUUAUGCGAUUACCUUCCAUCGACCGACGCGGUUUACCCCCACGCCGCUAAGCUCCGUGAUACAUUGGUCGGGCCCGUCCGCGCUGUAGAGCCGCUUAAAGUAUGGACUAGAGAUAUAAGACAUAUUGUCCAUUUGAACGCUUGUCGAU